AUACCAUCGCUCCCCAAAGUGCCACCAGGUUGAUUUGCGGUUCAUCAAGCGAAGUCUACUUUAUAGACAUUUUGAGUUUCUGAUGAAGUGGGAAUGUCGGACGUUGAACAGCGGUUCACCCCUUUUCACUUGGUUGGGCGGGGGUCCUCAAACACAGGGGGGCUUGUUUACUUCCAACAUGUGUUCCUCAAAUGCGCCACUGCCUGCACGAUAAAACGAAACAUCUGCCUGACGAGACAAGCUCCAAAAUCACUUCGCCAGUUUGCCAAACCUCGUGUCGAAGAGUCUAUUUGGCAAAGAUACACAAUACCACCAGGACUGUACCUGAGACCAAGUACCUUCAGUUCGACCAUAAGCGUGCGCACUGCCCGCCUAACACCGACCGUUCAUUGACACCUUCCCGCACGACACGUCUGCAUAUCCAUCCAGCAGGGACCUGACAGACAGAUUGCAUGCAGGCGGGAUUCAGGCCGCGGUUGAAGGCGCGACCUUCGCUUGUUGACCUGCUGGUUCAUGCCAGCAGAAACAGCGGUCCCAACUCUCCCACUUGCAGCGAGAGCGGUCUUGGAACAGGCGAUUACUGGGACAAGAGGGACAGCAGUCCGGGCAAGAGCAGCCUUAGGAGUUGGAGCGAGCGGGAUGACAGAGGUACUGCUAGGGGCCACUUACAGCAGGAGUUUGUAUCAUGGCCUCCACAAGUGGUGGGAUCGGCGGGGUCAUGGUUGGAGAGCGACGGGGAUCCAGAUGGGGAGCAGCUGCCACUGUCCCUCCCACUACGCGGGCGGCUGCGGCUGCGGCCUGGGGUGCCUCACCUCGUCACCACCAUCCCAAAUUCGGCGGCUCUGCUUGACCAAGCUUCCAACCUCCCACUGCCACCAUCACCAACCAAACCGUCCUCGGAUCCCUCAACACCCACAUUGCAGCUCGAUACGCCUGCCCGCACAUCACCCGAGCGACCCGCGCACAAACAUAUACCUACAGUCAUCGUUACCUCGGAUUCCCCUCGACCUCCUCUGAAACCUACCUCCGCGCCAAUUGCUCUUUCGCCCAAGAUGGCUCCCCAACAAAACGGCGCCGAGAAGGAUGGCAUCCAUACCGGCAAGAUCUACUCCGUUUCCGGCCCCGUCGUCGUCGCCGAGGAUAUGAUUGGUGUUGCUAUGUAUGAGUUGGUGAAAGUCGGCCACGAUCAACUAGUUGGUGAAGUCAUUCGCAUCAAUGGCGACCAAGCGACUAUCCAAGUAUACGAAGAGACGGCUGGCGUCAUGGUUGGCGAUCCCGUACAUCGGACAGGCAAGCCUCUCUCCGUCGAACUCGGCCCCGGUCUCCUAAACAACAUUUACGAUGGUAUUCAGCGCCCCCUCGAGAAGAUCGCCGAGGCUGCCAACAGCAUUUACAUUCCCCGCGGUAUCGCCAUCCCUGCGCUGGACCGUAAGAAGAAGUGGGAGUUCACACCGACCAUGAAGGUUGGCGAUCACAUCUCGGGCGGUGACGUCUGGGGUACCGUCUACGAAAACUCGUUCAUCUCCGUUCACAGGAUCCUGCUCCCUCCCAGGGCCCGUGGUACCAUCACCAGAAUCGCUGAGAAGGGCGAGUACACCGUUGAGGAAAAGAUCCUGGAGGUCGAGUUCGAUGGCAAGAAGACCGAAUACCCCAUGAUGCAGACCUGGCCUGUUCGUGUACCGCGCCCUACGACCGAGAAGCAUUCCGCCAACCAGCCUUUCCUUGUCGGCCAGCGUGUGCUCGACGCUCUCUUCCCCUCCGUCCAGGGUGGUACUGUUGCUAUCCCUGGUGCUUUCGGCUGUGGCAAGACUGUCAUUUCUCAGUCCGUCUCCAAGUUCUCCAACAGUGACGUUAUCGUAUAUGUCGGUUGUGGUGAGCGUGGUAACGAAAUGGCUGAAGUCUUGAAGGAUUUCCCCGAGCUGUCUAUCGAGGUCGACGGCCGCAAGGAGCCCAUCAUGAAGCGCACAACCCUCAUCGCCAACACCUCCAACAUGCCCGUCGCCGCCCGUGAAGCCUCCAUCUACACGGGUAUCACAGUCGCCGAGUACUUCAGAGAUCAGGGCAUGAACGUUGCCAUGAUGGCUGACUCUUCGUCCCGUUGGGCUGAGGCGCUCAGAGAAAUUUCCGGUCGUCUUGGAGAAAUGCCGGCUGAUCAGGGUUUCCCCGCUUACCUUGGUGCCAAGCUCGCCUCCUUCUACGAACGUGCCGGCAAGGUCGAGGCUCUUGGUAGCCCACCGCGCGAGGGCAGUGUCAGCAUUGUUGGUGCUGUCUCUCCCCCCGGUGGUGACUUCUCUGAUCCCGUCACAUCUGCCACCCUCGGUAUCGUGCAGGUCUUCUGGGGUCUCGACAAGAAGCUUGCGCAGCGCAAACACUUCCCGUCCAUCAACACCUCUGUCAGUUACAGCAAGUACCUCACGAUCCUCGACAAGUGGUACGAGAAGGAGUACCCCGACUUCCCCCGCCUCCGCGACCGCAUCCGCCAGCUCCUUUCCGACAGCGAAGAGCUCGACCAGGUCGUCCAGCUGGUCGGCAAGUCGGCGCUCUCGGACCCCGACAAGAUCACGCUCGACAUGUCGACGCUCAUCAAGGAGGACUUCCUCCAGCAAAACGGCUACUCAGACUACGACCAGUUCUGUCCUAUUUGGAAGACGGAGUGGAUGAUGAAGCUCAUGAUGGGAUUCCACGACGAGGCGCAAAAGGCCAUUGCCCAGGGCCAGAACUGGAACAAGGUGCGCGAGGCCACCCAGGACCUGCAGGCCCAGUUGAGGAGUCUCAAGUUCGAGGUGCCUAGUGAAGGACAGGAGAAGAUCUGCAAGAAGUACGAGGCGAUACAGCAGCAGAUGCUGGACAAGUUCGCGUCUGUUAUUGAUGAGUAAACGCCCGGCGCGGGGAUAUACGGUAGUUGAGUUAGCAUAGAAGGAACGAAGCAAGCAUGCAUGCAUGGACUGCCUGUCUGUAUGGGGUUCAUUGAAAUGAAAGGAGAGUACACAUGAAAUGGAUUGAUAGGAUGAUGAUGAAAGACUGUUCUAGUUGGUUUCUUUCACUUUUAUGAGUAGUUCGUCGUCGUUGUUGAAGUGGUAGUUGUGUAUGUUGCUCACUUGUCACGGAACCCUUGGUACCUCUUGCUUUCGAGCGCCAUGCUAUUAUCUUCUCUUGGGUGCGCUUUUGUCUUACACAGACAGCUAUACCAACCGUGCUUUGAACCACUUGGUCGUAUGUAUAUACCCUCGCUUGCCUCUAGAAUACUGGCUUACUUCAACCCUGUG